CAUCCGGGGGUCGCCCGCGUCGGUGGCGGCUUCGAGAAAAAGCGAGAGAAGCCCUCCGUCCCCGUCGCGCAGCUGUGGCGAGAGGGAGGGCGAGAGAGACGGACAACGUGAGAGCGAGAGAGAGAGAGAGCGGGGCGCGGCGUGGGCCGACGCCACCCUCCGUUGCGGUAGUCGGAGCGGGCUGCCCGCCCACCAGGGGUUGUUUGUCUCGCGAGGCCCAGUUCACGGCGCGCUCGGAGACGACCCGGCCGAGAAUGAGGGCGCCAGGAUUGCACUUGAACACGGCGUUCAGCUGGGCGACACCCGCAGUCGAACCGCCGUCCAGACAGCAUCCCGGGCCUCCACCUACCUGGUGACCGGCUUGGUGAGGCCUGGAGAGGCCCUGCUCCGCUUCCACGAACCUCCUCCCCCGCGGCCAUCGGGGAGCCACAGCAGCUCUGCGUGACGGCCGAGUGACGCAGGGAGGAGGACAAAGGCACCGAGCGUCACGUCCAGGACAAUAGGAGGCAGCCGUCAUGGGAAAUGCGGAGAGCAACGUCACCAGCGGCGUCAAGAACCAGGCGGGGCCCUCCGUGCAGCCGCUCUACAAGCUGGUCGACGUGAAGGGCGGUGGGCUGCUGGUGGACAUGAUGAAGCGCGCAAGCGCGAACAAGCAGUACGCAGAGCUGGACCACGCCAUCAAGACCAAGGUGGAGCCGUUCCUGUACAACAAGGGCCAGGGCAGGCUCAUCCCCGUGUCCAUCCUGGUGCUGCUGAGGAACAAGGACCGCGGCCGACACAAGAUGCUGCCUCCACUCAAGAACAUGAGCGACCCCAGCGAGUACAACAUCAACACUGCCCUGGCCCAGCUCGACGCGCAGGGGGACGACGGCAAAGACCCGGGCGGCUACCGGGACGUGUGCUGGGACCUGGCGGAGCGCGGCGCCGUGGGCGAGACCAUCCUGCACCUGUGCAUCCUGGCCGCGUCCUCGCUCCACAACGACCUGCUCAAGCGCCUGCUGCGCUUCUACCCCAAGCUGGUCAACGACAUCUACAUGAACGACGAGUACUACGGGGAGGGGCUCCUGCACAUCGCCAUCGUCAACGAGGACCCCGCCAUGGUCAAGUUCCUGCUCAACGCGGGCGCAGACGUCAACGAGCGGUGCUUCGGCAACUUCAUGAGCCCCGAGGACCAGAAGGCGUCGCGAAACGACUCGCUGGACCACGAGUGGGUCAACGUGACCCCGCUGACCAACUACGAGGGCUACGUGUACUGGGGCGAGUACCCCAUCAGCUUCGCGGCCUGCCUGGGCCAGGAGGAGUGCUACCGCCUCAUCCUGGCCAGGGGCGCCAACCCCGACAGUCAGGACACCAACGGCAACACGGUGCUGCACAUGCUCGUCAUCUACAAGAACCAGCAGAUGUUUGAUGCUGCGUACGAGCUCGGGUCGUCGCUGGCGGUGCGCAACGUGCUCAACCUGACCCCCCUGACGCUGGCCGCCAAGCUCGCCCGCCGCGACAUGUUCUUCCAUAUUCUCAACAUCGAACGGGAGAUUUACUGGCAGAUCGGGAGUGUGACGUGUGCGGCGUACCCGUUGUCGCAGAUCGACACCAUCGACAUCCAGACGGGCAACAUCAGCAAGGACUCGGCACUCAACUUGGUCGUCUUCGGGGACUCGAACGAACAUUUGGAACUGAUGGAAGGGGUAUUGGUCGACCUCCUUCACGCCAAGUGGAACGCGUUCGUCAAGAACAGGUUCUACCGCCAGUUCUUCCAGUUCGUGCUGUACUUCCUCAUCUCCCUGGUGUGCUUCACGCUGCGCCCCGGGCCUCCGCGCAGCACCGGCCUCCAGAACUCCACGGCCGGCUUCAACGGCACCACCGAGUCCCCGACGGGUCCGUAUACACACCGGCGUCCAAUGGGUUGCCUACCGCACGGGCGCUGGAGACGGGGUGCUUCAUUCCAAAAUACCACUCAUUCAUU